AAGCAGUAGGAAGCCACGUCUGGUGUUGUACACACGGCGUGGCUUAACUCUGGCUCUGGAGCAGUGAUGAGUGCCACCAUGUGUGUGUUGCUGGCACUGUGGGUCCACGGUUCCCUGGGAACCGCCAGCAGUGCCACCCCAUACCCAGGUACUACCCCACCUCCUCAGGUUACCGUGGCAGUGAAGGUCUUGAGGCAGAAUACCACAGCGGAGACCAGUAAUAAGAGUUCUUCAUUGGGCACUGUGCCCCACGAGGGGCAUACAACCCAGGGUACCACAGAAGUGGCACAGCGGGAGAGCACUCCCUCCAUCACCGUCCCACGAACUACCUCCACCUCCCCGCCUCUGCCCAUUGUCACCAUCACCAGUCGCUUGUUGUAUGAUGGACGGCAGGAGGUGGGCGAGGAGGAUAUGGGCACCAGCAGGUCCCUGGCUCACGACCCAGUGCCCAAGAACCUGCAGUUCGAGGCAGUGCCCGAGGGCGAACCCUACACCACGGACACCACCCACACCACGCCCACACUCCUAGCAUGGGCGGGCGCCCUCAUUACUUCACUCCAGCCAACCCACUUUCCCUUUGAAGUGGUUCGUGCAGCCUGGGAGAGACGCGUCACUGUCACACAACUCAUUUGGGAGUGUGUGGAGGCGGAGCCAGGGAUGGCAGCGUGUGUGGGCGUGGGAGUAGGCCUGAGUGUGGGCGUGCCUGUGGUGGGUAUGGUGGUGUGCUGCUGUCGCCUGUGUGGGCGGUGUGGUGGCAGUCUGAGGCACCACAACAACAAUGUCUCCUGCUUCCACUGCCACAGGAGGGCGCUCACUCUGGCUCUUUCCACUAUAUCCUGCCUCCUGCUAUCUUUGAGGACAGUUGUGUUACAGAGUUCUGAACGUCGCUCAGACCUCUACAACCCAUUCUCAGAGAUCAUGCGAAGUAUACUCAGAUGUGUUCUUUUGUAUCAGUUCAAGCAGAGGAGGGGCAAAGAGGAUGUCUUGGGGAGGGGAAAUGUGGAGUAUCUGUUGUUAUCUUGUCAUGUUGCAGAUGUGGAGUAUCUGUUGUUAUCUUGUCAUGUUGCAGAUGUGGAGUACCUGCUGGGUCGACCUCUGCAACGAGAGUUGGCUGGUGAAGCGCAGAUAGAAGUGGCUCUGGAUUCACUACUACACAUUAGCAGUGGUCUGCGGGAUAUAGCAGGCCGCAUGCGGGCGCUGGAGGAGUCAAGGUCGCAGGCGGCAGCCAGGGCUGAAGAGAUGUUGGAGUAUCUGUUGUUAUCUUGUCAUGUUGCAGAUGUGGAGUAUCUGUUGUUAUCUUGUCAUGUUGCAGAUGUGGAGUACCUGCUGGGUCGACCUCUGCAACGAGAGUUGGCUGGUGAAGCGCAGAUAGAAGUGGCUCUGAUUCACUACUACACAUUAGCAAUAGCUGGUGUUGUUGUGGGCUUGUCGUUAGUGUGGGUGUUGAUGACUGUGGGGGUGUGCUGUGGGUGCUGUGCCUACACAGCGGACCAUCAUCCCACAGAGAGGUCCUGUGUCUCUCACUUGGCUGGCAAGACACUCAUUGCGUCAGUAUUCUUCAUGUUCGUGCUGUCUGGUGUACUGUGGAUGGCGGUGGUGGCGGCAUUAUUGGUGGGCGUACAUGCUCAUGCCUUUAUAUGUCGACCACUGUACGAGGAGCCUCACUUCCCUACCCUCACCCACCUGCUGGAUCACUCUGGCAUGGUCUAUCCUGAUGUUCCCAUCCUCAGCAACGUCCUCCAUCCCGGCCGUAAUGUUCACCUCAGCAUCGGUCACGUCCUCAGUGGGUGUAAGGAAGGGCGGGCGGCGUACCAGGUGUUCCAGCUUCGUCACUACUUCGAUGUUGAGCGUGAAGUGGACCACCUCACCACCCUCGAUCUCCGCCACACCCUGGCUGCCUUCAGCGUCAACCUCUCCCAGAUGGAGUUCCUCUCACCCGAGGCCGAGGCUCAUCUCAACGACUUUCUCCGCUCCAUUAAGAUGGACCUGGAGCCUUACAGGAGAGAGGUGAGUGUCAGAGUCCAGCACGGAAUGAUUGUAACUGUAUUCCAGGGGAAUAUAGGUUUUCUAGUAUGCUUUCGAUUUUCAUUUUGUGUUACUUGCCAGUUGUGUAAUGUUUGUGUGCAGGAGGACCUGACUUACCACGUUGCUACACUAGACAUGGAGGUCACACCUCUCCAGCGACAGAUCAACCAGAGUGCUGGUCACCUCCGUACCAUCCAGUAUUUUAUCCACAACCACGGUUCUUCUCUGGCUGCUGCGAAUGUGUUGUGGGUGUCGGCCAGCUGGUGCCUGCUGUUGUUCCUGCCAGCCGUCUGUGUGAGUCUCUCUCUCUCUCGCUACUUCCUCCGCCUCCAGUAUGAUGCUCAUGCACUGCCUCUACACUCAGAUGUGUCGCCACGAGGCUCUACCAUCAAUCUGCAGUCUGAGUCGUCUGCUGCCAUGUGGGGCCCCAAGCAGAGCACCAGCAGCAGAGCUCAGCACCAGUCAUUGACAAGUCACCACCAGAAUGGGGUAGCUGAAGCACGGGCGUGGGCUACAGCCAGGUGCUGGCAUCUCUGCAUGUGUCUGACAAAGAAAGAGAGCAUACUUGCUUUCAGGGCUGAGGUCAGUGAGGGACCUGAAGGGGCUGUGGGUGUGAGAGUGCCACCACAGAGGCAGGCAAGGUUCCGCCCCGGCCCUGACCUGGAGGACAUGCUGGCGCAGGCGCAGGUCACUGCAUGGCGGGACGCAUGGCUGGCCGGGGCCACAUUCGUCACUCUGGAGAUGGUGGCCAGACAUGUGCAGAGGUCACUUUCGUGGGUCCGCCAUCACUGGAAUGACAACUCGCGCUCCCUGGCUGCCUCCCUCCGUGUACCCCAAAGUGACGCUGCGCGCUACAGGGAACCCAGGUCCACCACCUCUAACUGCCACCGUUACUACGUCUGCGGGGACUGUUGUGAAAGUUCAGACUCCCUGUGAGCUAAGUACUCUCUACUGCCAACACACCCAGCACACGGUACGCCCACGCCACGCCCACCCUAAACAUCUCAAGAUCAUAUAUACCACCUCUAAGCUGUGACCGAAUCUGUAA